AUGCACUCCCAAGCACUCCUGCUCGCGGCCCUCACCGGUAUCGCUUCCUCUGCCCAUAUUGCCGCCCGUGCGACCACCAAUACGAACCUCCAGACUGCCUUCCCUGCCUCGAGUGGGACUACCAACCUCGCUGCUGUACGCACUCUUGCAGCUGGAGAAACCCUCGAUGGAGGCAUGAAACAGUGGGACCGUAGCCCAUCCACCUGCAACGAACAAGCGGAAGGCGGCGACUCGGACGCAGUCUUCCUCCUCCAAGACGGCGCCGUUCUGUCCAACGUCAUCAUCGGUCCCAACAACGGCGAGGGUGUGCACUGCCUAGGUACGUGCACGCUGAACAAUGUUUGGUGGACGGACGUGUGUGAGGACGCUGCGACAUUCAAGCAGUCGUCUGGCACUUCUUAUGUCAACGGUGGUGGUGCUCGCAAGGCAGACGACAAGGUACUGCAACACAAUGGUGGUGGAACUGUUGCUGUUAAGAACUUCUGGGCGGAGGAUGUUGGGAAGGUCUACCGAUCGUGCGGAAACUGUGGAACUCAGUACGCAAGGAAAUCGACUUUCGACAACAUCAAGAUGAGCGGUGGCAGCGUUGUUGCAGGCGUCAACGGCAACCUCGGAGACACCACUUCGAUCAAGAACUCGUGCGUGCUGGAUGGCGCCAGCCACGUCUGCUGGCUUUACAAGGGCGUUACUUCUGGCGAACCUUCCAAGACAGCAUCGGCUCCUGAUGGCAAGGUCUGCGCGACCAGCAGCGUAAAGACAAGCGGAUGCUAA